AUGGUCGAAUUACAUGAUUUAUCUCCUGAUGAAUCACUUGAUAGGACAGCUUCGUCGAAUACUGAUCGUUCAUCUACAAUUAUUUCUUCAUCUCUCAGUCAUUGCUCAUCGAGUAAUAUUAAAUGGUUUGGUGCCGUGGCUCUAGUUCACGAUAAUACACAAUUACCAAAUAUUGAAGCAGCUGGUAUUGAAUUAGCGUCAGGACGAAGACAAAAAAUUGCAUAUAGAAAGAAGACAACUUACCUAUUAUCUUCACCGUAUACAACAUGCACUAAAAGUGUAUCUCCAACUAUGCAAGCCAUGUUUGAAUAUCACAAUAAUACUAAUUAUGGCUAUUCUGAAGCGUUAUGUUAUCAACUUUGUGGACAGAUCUAUGCGUAA